AGGUGGGCGGGCCCGGAAGUCGGGCCGCUCUCGCGAGACCGAGAAAGGGGGAAGCCGGGUGAGCCGCGCGGGGUGGAGGUCGUUGGAGUCACUCGCCCGCCGCUCGCUCCUCCGCUCGCUCGUCGGCGCCCCGCCCGCCCCAGCCAUGCUCUCCGCCCUCGCUCGACCCGCCGGCGCCGCUCUCCGCCGCGGCUUCGGCACUUCGGCCCAGAACAAUGCUAAAGUCGCCGUGCUGGGGGCUUCUGGGGGAAUCGGGCAGCCCCUUUCACUUCUCCUGAAGAACAGUCCCUUAGUGAGCCGCCUGACCCUCUACGAUAUCGCGCAUACACCUGGAGUGGCCGCGGAUCUGAGCCACAUUGAGACCAGAGCAACUGUGAAAGGCUACCUUGGACCUGAACAGCUGCCAGACUGCCUGAAAGGUUGUGAUGUGGUGGUUAUUCCAGCCGGGGUCCCCAGAAAACCAGGCAUGACCCGGGAUGACCUGUUCAACACCAAUGCCACAAUUGUGGCCACCCUGGCUGCUGCCUGUGCCCAGCAUUGUCCCGAAGCCAUGAUCUGCAUCAUUGCCAAUCCGGUUAACUCCACCAUCCCAAUCACAGCAGAGGUUUUCAAGAAACAUGGUGUAUAUAACCCCAACAAAGUCUUUGGGGUGACAACACUGGACAUCGUCAGAGCCAACACUUUUGUUGCAGAACUGAAGGGUUUGGAUCCAGCUCGAGUCAACGUGCCUGUCAUUGGCGGCCAUGCUGGGAAGACCAUUAUCCCCCUGAUCUCUCAGUGCACUCCCAAAGUGGACUUUCCUCAGGACCAGCUGACAGCGCUCACUGGGCGGAUCCAGGAGGCCGGCACUGAGGUGGUCAAGGCCAAAGCUGGCGCAGGCUCUGCCACCCUCUCCAUGGCCUACGCCGGUGCCCGGUUCGUCUUCUCCCUUGUGGAUGCAAUGAACGGAAAGGAAGGAGUCGUUGAGUGUUCCUUUGUCAAGUCGCAAGAAACAGACUGCACCUAUUUCUCCACCCCGUUGCUGCUGGGGAAAAAGGGCCUAGAGAAGAACCUGGGCAUUGGCAAAGUGUCUUCCUUCGAGGAGAAGAUGAUCACUGAAGCCAUGCCUGAGCUGAAGGCCUCCAUCAAGAAAGGAGAAGAGUUUGUAAAGAACAUGAAGUGAGAAGUCGUGAAGAGCAGCUUGUCUCCUUAAUUUAUCAAGGCAUCAUGUCACUGUAAAGCCGUUCAGAUACCUCUGUAUUUUAAUUCGCUUUGAUCAUGAUUAUUUUAUUAACAUGACCAUCUCUUCAGAAUUGUCGCUGGGUCGCUGGCGCAUCAAUAAAAGCAGUCUUUGAUUUUCCUUUUCAA